AUGUUUUCCGGUUGCAUGGUAUCCCGGAGGAGAGCUUGUCCGAUCGUGGUCCCCAGUUCAUAUCCAGAGUUUGGAGGGAGUUUGCAGAGGCUCUGGGGGCCCGAGUCGCCCUUACCUCUGGACACCAUCCCCAGACCAAUGGUCAAUUCUCCAGCCCUCGCCUCGGUUCCACAGUUUCUCCGGGGGGCCAAACGGGCCUGGGCAUCCACCCGGGCGGCUUUGGACAGGACGGCUGCCUCCAACAAACGCCUUGCUGAUCGCAGGCGGCGUCCUGCCCCGUCCUACGCUCCUGGUCAGGAGGUUUGGCUCUCCUCCAAGGAUAUCCCCCUGAAGGCAUCCAGCCGCAAACUUUCGCCCAGGUUUCUGGGUCCUUUCAGGAUUCUGGACAUCCCCACGCCCUCUGCGGUCCGGCUGGCCCUGCCUCCCUCUCUCAGGGUUCACCCUGUGUUCCACGUGUCCUUGGUGAAGCCGGUGACCACGAGCCGUCUCUGCCCUACGCCCGCUCCUCCCCCGCCUGCACGGUUCUACAAGGGCGGUCUGGUUUAUUCUGUUCGCAGGAUUCUGGACUCCCGACCCCGUGGCAGGGGCAUCCAGUACCUCGUUGACUGGGAGGGGUACGGCCCGGAGGAGCGUUCCUGGGUUCCACGCUCCUUUAUUGAAGAUCCGUCCCUCAUCCGGGACUUCGAGGAGGCGUCUGCCAGGACGCCGGGAGGCGUCCGUUGAGGGGGGGGGGGGGGGGGGUACUGUCAUGAGUCGGUGAGUACUCCCGUCGCACAUUCUAUCUUUGAGGUGUUUUUCAGGAGAGGGAGGCGCCCAGCUGCUUCUGGUUAGCAAUCAACGGCACUGGCUUCUUAAGGAGUUGGAGAACACACCUCGACGCGGGAUGAUUACUACUACUCGGAUUUUUUUUGGAACAUCUCUGGAGUAGAGCCGUCUCAGGAUACAGUGACUCAUCAGGAGACUCACCUUUGCCACAAACUGUCUGGACUCAGCUUCCCAGUGUUCUUCAUCUCUCCAGUCGCCCCACUCCUCUGCUUCCCACACGCUCCCUCUCCUGGAUUUACACACCUCGACUCACCCAACUCUCGACCGGCCCCUCCCUAUUUUUCCUCAUCUCCUUUGCCCAACGCUGAGUACGGACUUUACUCAUCCACUGGAAGCUCCAGUGCGCUUUUUGUUCCAGUCUACUAAUAAAUACCUUUUUUUGAUCUUUAUUUGUGAGUGUGUUGAUUCUGCAUGUCCUGGGUUAAACUCCUUCCCCAGACCAUGUCAAAGAUCACCAAUGUAAGAUGGUGCUUGUCCAUGUAAGGCCCUAAAGACCAGAACCAGGAUCUUGAAAUGAACCCUGAAGUUGACUGGCAGCCAGUGAAGCUGGAGGAGAAGCGGGGUGAUGUGGGUGUGUUUGGAGGACUUGGUCAGAAGCCGAGCACAGGCGUUCUGAACCACCUGUAGACGGUUCAGGGAGGUUCUGCUCAGACACGUGAAAAGAGAGUUACAGUAGUCUAAGCGUGAGGAGAUGAAGGUGUGGAGAACUGUCUCAAGUUCAGAGGGGGACAGAAUGGGACUCAGCUUAGCAACGUUCCUGAGAUGGAAGAAGGAAGAGCCAACAAGAGAACUGACAUGAGAAUCCAGGGUGAGAGCUGGGUCAAAGGUCACGCCAAUAUUCCUGACAGAAGGUUUGGUGUGGGAAGCAAGCUGACCAAGAGAGUCUCUGACUUUGGGAACCAGCUUGUCUGGGGCACAGAUGAGGAUCUCAGUCUUAUCUUCAUUCAGCUGAAGAAAGCUCCCACCAUCCAGGCUUUGAUAGAGUCUAAGCAGGUGUGUAACAGCUGCAGCUUAGACAUCUCAUGGGGCUUAAAGGAGAUGUACAGUUGGAUGUCAUCUGCAUAAAGAUGGUAGGAGAUU